CAAAGCAUUGCAGUAUCCGCAUCUUGUUUAAGGAUCACAACUUUCAUGGCUGAAACUCAACCCUCUUUAUUUUUGCUUUCCCUCAUUAUCAUUCCGACAAAUUUCGGGAAAUUUUGUCAGGCAAGAUUGGGUGUGAUUUUUGAUAUAUCUAUAAGACUAACGGGACUCGAUGUGGCGAAACACAUGAUCCUUCUGCAAAAUGUUUGGUGGUGCUUACAAGUCUCAGCUUAUUGGAGGUCAGAAGGAGAAAUUUGUUAGGUUGGAUGAUUUAGACUCUCCGAUAUCAAUGGCGUCUGGAACAGGAGGACUGAAGAUGUGCGGACUUAAUGUAGAUGGCUACAAAUACAGAGAGCAUGGAAAGAAGGCGGCAUCAAAAAAAUCAUUUAAUAUAGGGAUGAUGAAAGGACCAGGAGGGUUACUAACACUCAGUCGCAACCUCAAAUCUGAGGUCACGCGAGUUGUGUUCCCGGAAGAUCUCCGAGUGUCAGAUAAGAUGAUAUUUGAUCCCCAAGAUAAAUCUAUUUUGCUAUGGAAUAGAUUCUUUGUUGUGUCUUGCAUUCUUUCAGUAUCUAUUGAUCCACUGUUUUUCUAUCUUCCCAACUUUAAUGGUCGAGCACAUUGCCUUGGAAUUGAUGUAAGAUUGGGAAUCACAACCACUACCGUUCGGACAAUUAUCGAUGCUCUCUACCUCAUUCGUAUGGGUCUGCAGUUCCGUACAGCAUAUAUUGCACCAUCAUCAAGGGUUUUUGGACGAGGUGAACUUGUGAUAGAUCCUGCACAGAUAGCCACACGAUAUUUAAGUCGUUAUUUCAUUGUUGAUUUUCUUUCCGUGCUCCCCCUGCCACAGUUUGUGGUGUGGAAAUAUCUUCACAAGACAAAAGGUUCGGAGGUAUGGGCGACGAAACAGGCAUUGCUAAUCAUUGUAUUUCUUCAGUAUAUUCCUAGGUUUCUUCGCUUUGUACCAUUAACUUCAGAAUUGAAGAAGACAGCCGGUACUUUCGCUGAUAGUGCUUGGGUUGGUGCUGCAUAUUAUCUGCUAUGGUACAUGCUUGCCAGUCAUAUAGUUGGUGCAGUUUGGUACCUGCUGGCUAUAGAGCGUAAAGAUACAUGCUGGCGAAUUGCUUGUCAAGAAAGUGAAAAGUGCAGCAUAGAUUUCUUGUACUGCGGCAACAAGCAUAUGCAUGGUUUCCCAGAAUGGCGAAGGGUGAGAAACAAAGAACUUGAUAGCCAAUGUUCUCUUGAAUCUAAUGAUGCACCUUUCGAUUAUGGGAUCUACACACGAGCUAUAACAUCAGAGAUUACUUCAUCCACCGAAUUUUUCCCUAAAUUUUGUUUCUGUCUCUGGUGGGGUUUACAGAAUCUAAGUACACUUGGUCAGGGACUUGAAACCAGCACAUAUUCAGGAGAGAUUCUCUUUUCCAUAGCAAUAGCUAUCUUUGGGCUUAUCCUCAUGGCACUUUUGAUUGGAAACAUGCAGACCUACCUUCAGUCUCUCACAGUUCGUCUUGAGGAAAUGAGGAUCAAAAGGCGUGACUCUGAGCAAUGGAUGCAUCACCGUGCACUUCCCGAAGAUCUCAAGGAGAGAGUUCGGCGCUAUGACCAAUACAAAUGGAUGGAGACUCGUGGAGUUGACGAAGAAAACUUAGUCCAGAGUUUACCAAAAGAUCUGAGGAGGGACAUUAAGCGACAUCUAUGUUUGAAUCUGGUCCGAAGGGUUCCUCUGUUUGCCAAUAUGGAUGAGAGAUUGCUUGAUGCAAUCUGUGAGAGACUCAAACCAAGUUUAUACACAGAAAACACUUACAUAGUCCGUGAAGGGGAUCCAGUAAACGAGAUGCUUUUUGUUAUACGUGGUCGCCUCGAAAGUGUGACGACAGAUGGUGGGAGGAGCGGUUUUUACAACAGAGGUUUGCUGAAAGAGGGGGACUUUUGCGGUGAGGAGCUCUUGACUUGGGCGCUGGACCCCAAAGCUGCUUCCAAUUUGCCAUUAUCUACUCGAACAGUCAUGGCUUUAACCGAGGUGGAGGCUUUUGCUUUGGUAGCGGAAGAGCUGAAAUUCGUUUCGAGUCAGUUCAGGCGUCUCCAUAGUAGGCAGGUUCAGCACACCUUCCGGUUCUACUCGCAGCAAUGGCAGACUUGGGCUGCCUGUUUCAUCCAAACCGCAUGGCGCAAGCAUGUGAAAAGGAAAGAAGUGGAACUUAGACGCAAGGAAGAGGAGGAUCUAGACUAUAUUUAUGAUGAUCAGCAAGCCUUAAUUGAUCCAACUGAUAGCACUGCAGAAUCCCACAGCCUUCGUGCAACUGUAUUUGCAUCACGGUUUGCAGCUAAUCUUCGCGGCCAAAAGGGUAGAGGCUCGACUAGUUCAAAGAGUUUGCUCAAGGUUUCAAAGCCAAAAGAUCCUGAUUUCUCCGAUCUUGAUUCUGAUGGGUUCGGCGGUAAAAUCAAUUGAGCUAUUUUGGCUCCAUACUUGAACGGGUUC